UUAGCCCCACCCAUUAAUUUGUUUAGAAUAGGCAUGCGCAACCACCACGUGUUCUUUCUGGAUACCAAGACAAGAUGCCACCUAAGCAGCAGCAAAAGGGAGGCACGACCAAGAAACAGAUUUCCCAGAAGAAAACAGCCAAACCGGCUGGAAGUGGGAAAGCUAAGAAAAAGAAGUGGUCUAAGGGAAAAGUGAGGGAUAAGCUAAACAACAUUGCCCUAUUUGACAAGGCCACUUACGAGAAGCUCUACAAGGAGGUCCCUAACUACAAGCUCAUCACUCCGUCUGUAGUGUCUGAAAGACUCAAGGUUCGCGUUUCUCUGGCCAACAGAGCACUGGCUGAGAUGGCUUCGAAGGGAACGAUUCGAGAAGUGUUUAAGCAUCAUGCACAGCGAGUGUACACAAGAGCACCAAAAGCAGAAGAGGCAGCAUAAACUGUGUGUGGACGUUGCAAUGUUUAUUCAUUCUCAAGUUUGAAUGUUUUCUCAUAUUUGCCAAAUUGUCAGUUUUUGAUUGAAAAAGUCUUGUAAUGAUUUACAAAAA